CUGUGACCUGGUCACAAAGUACCUUCCGCAGUCCUUUAAGGUGGCAUCACUACAUUAUUCCCUGUAGCCCACCUUCAGGUCCGCUCCACACUGGCUCUCUCGACUGUAUUUUCUUCCUUUAUUCAUCAGUGAUGUAUGUUCAGGAUCUAAUUAAUUGUGGAUAUGAGGCAGGGUCAAGAGGACAAAGGAACAGGGCCUUUACCUUCUACAUAGCUCCCCUGUUUCAUCCAAGGAGGUUAAGUAUUGAUUUUUAUCAAUUUUCUCCUCAACUGUGAAUACAAUAAACUGAAAGCAUUUCAGGGAGAAGCUGGAGAGCACCUUCUCUUAGCUGCACUCCACCUUAAGGCUGAAGCUGGAUUUGUUUACUGUUUCUCCUGGGGGCAGGGGCAGUUGAGAAAUAACCAAAUAGUCUGCCAAGCCAGGGUCAACCCUCCAGGCCACAGGUUGAGCAAAUGCUACAGCCAUGGACAGGGAGACACUCCUCAUGAAGGGGUGGUCCUCAUCCUUUCAGAUCAACUUCCUGCUGGAGGCUCCACCCUCACCACGUCCCUCCCUCUUCUCUCAUCUGGAGUCACCUUUCGGGAUUUUGGAGUUGAGCACCAUGGGGACUCCAAAUGAUCAGGCAGUGCUGCAGGCCAUCUUCAACCCUGACACCCCAUUUGGAGACAUUGUUGGAUCGGACCUCGGAGAGGAAGCAGAAAAGGAAGAACGAGAAGCAGAUGAAGUUUUCCCUCAAGCACAGCUGGAACAGUCCAAGGCCCUGGAGCUGCAGGGGGUGAUGGCAGCAGAGGUUGGGGACCUCAGCACAGCCCUGGAGAGGUUUGGCCAAGCCAUCUGCCUGCUGCCUGAGAGGGCUUCAGCGUACAACAACCGUGCCCAGGCCCGGCGACUCCAGGGAGACGUGGCAGGCGCCCUGGAGGAUCUGGAACGCGCGGUGGAGCUGAGCGGCGGCCGGGGCCGCGCCGCCCGCCAGAGCUUUGUGCAGCGCGGACUCCUGGCGCGGCUGCAGGGCCGAGACGACGACGCCCGCAGGGACUUCGAGAGGGCGGCACGGCUGGGCAGCCCCUUCGCGCGGCGCCAGCUGGUGCUGCUCAACCCCUACGCCGCGCUGUGCAACCGCAUGCUGGCCGACAUGAUGGGGCAGCUGCGCCGCCCCCGCGACAGCCGCUGAGCGCCGCGGACCCGGGACGGGGCCCUGAACCAAUAAAGCCGUCGGGCCUCACCGAC